AUGAGCUCCUCACCUGCUGGUUUGGAUGUUUCCAAUGAGAAAAGCUCCUAUAUCAAUCCCGCCGACCUGGAAUCUGAUCCAGAGAAGUUGAUCGACGUGCCCAAUGUCAGACAAGAUGCCUUUGGUGACGAAGAAUUCGCUGAAGUCAAGUACAAAGUACUCAAGUGGUGGCAAUGUGGUCUGCUCAUGGUCGCCGAAACAGUAUCACUGGGUGUGCUGUCCCUGCCAGCUGCUGUAGCAGGUCUGGGACUUGUUCCUGCCAUCCUCGUCUUGGUCUUCCUUGGUUCACUGGCCACAUACACCGGCUACGUGAUCGGACAGAUGAAAUGGAAAUACCCACACAUUUCCACAAUGGCAGAUGCUGGUGAAGUGCUAGGAGGAAAAUGGGGACGAGAAUUCCUCGGCGCUGCCCAGAUCAUCUUCCUCAUCUUCAUCAUGGCCAGUCAUCUAUUAACCUUCACCGUUGCCAUGAACACAAUCACAAACCACGGCACCUGCUCCAUCGUCUUCGGCAUCGUCGGCAUGAUAAUCUCCUUCAUCUGCUCCCUACCUCGAACUCUUGCAAAGAUGUCAUGGCUAUCAAUAGUUUCAUUCGCAAGUAUCAUGACAGCAGUCAUAAUCGUCAUGAUCGGCGUCGGAAUCACAAACCCAGGAACCGGCGUCGUCGCAGUCGUCCAAACAGACCUCUUCCACGGCUUCUCAGCAGUCUGCAACAUCGUCUUCGCUUUCUGCGGCCACGCAGCCUUCUUCGGCCUAAUGGCCGAACUCAAAAACCCAAAAGACUUCACUAAAUCCCUCUGUCUCCUGCAAGGCAUAGACAUGGGUCUAUACAUCACCGCCGCUCUGGUCAUCUACCGCUACGCCGGUAGCGACGUCACAUCGCCCGCGCUCGGCUCUGCCUCCCCCAUCGUCGCGAAAGUCGCAUACGGCAUCUCCCUACCAACCAUCAUCAUCGCCGGUGUCAUCAACGGACACAUCGCAUUCAAGUACGUCUACCUGCGUAUCUUCCAGGGAACGGACCGUAUGCACAAGCGCGACUGGCUCGCUACAGGAUCGUGGAUCGGUAUUGCCCUCGGUCUGUGGGUUCUCGCGUGGAUUAUUUCAUCCGCGAUUCCCGUCUUCAGUAACCUGCUCAGUCUGAUCACGGCACUGUUUGCCAGUUGGUUUACAUACGGCCUCAGUGGUAUCUUUUGGUUGUUCAUGAAUAAGGGGAAAUGGUUUUCGUCGCCGAGGAAAAUCGCUCUCACUUGUUUGAAUGUUAUUGUUAUUUCUGUUGGUGCUGCGCUGUGUGGGCUGGGUCUUUGGGUCUCUGGGAAGGCUCUUCAUGAUAACCCCAGCAGUGCGAGCUUUUCCUGUGCGAAUAAUGCUUAG